AUGCUAAAUGUGCAGCCCCAGGGCUCCCUGCCUAACAGUAAUAACAUCUUGUGUUUGUGGCCUUUUCAAGCUCACAGUGCCUCCAACAGCCCGACCAACUUCACAGUCAAAACAACCCUUCUCAGGUCUCAGUCCAGAAGGGAACACGGGCUUAAGGGACUUGUCUGCCUGCUACUCAUAAAAGCACUUUUUGGGUGUGAAAGUUUGUAUCCCCCAGAGGGAGUACAUCGGUUGGUAACGUGCUUGCUAUGCAAGCCUGAAUACCCCAGAAGCCACUGGAAAGGUGGAGGGGUGGUGGAGGCAGUCUUAGCCCGUCACCCUUCGGCUGAGGAGGCAAAGGCCGAGAGGACAGAGGAAGCGAAGAGGCCACCUCUACUCCAGCAGCCUCGUCCACUCUGCUCACCUUGCUGCCGGGUCAGCGCUGGACCCAGCCGUGGUGGGGCUCCUCCCCUCCCCCUCAGCAGACAGCUGGAGACCACCCGCCUGGGCUGCACUCUUCUCCCGCCACAGACCUCUUCAGGCCCACAGCUGGGCCUUGGGUUGACCUACCCUAGCACCUACCCCAUCUGGGUCCUGCUGGAGCUCACAAAGGGACCAGUCCUGCAGAAUGAUACCCACAAGAUCUCCAAGACACAGAUACUUCAGAAGAGCUCUGGUGAGGAUCCAGUGAGGAUGAUGUACCAAAAACCAGAGGCUGUGAACCAGACCAAUGAUUCAUUGCAAUGGACAGCUGCCAGUCACGCUGAUGGCUCAAAAGGUAAACCAUAUGACACACCGAAGCCUCCAGUGCCAUCAGGAUAGAUAAAGAGGUGACAGAGAGACAGGAGAGAAGGAGAAGCAGAGAC